AUGAGGAUUAUAUGCGCAUGUCUGUGCCUCGUGAUGAUGAAUGGUUUCGUCCGUUCAGCACCAGCGAGCGGAUUUGUGUUUCCGGACGAACGUCGCGAGAAGAAGUUAGAACCGAUCAUAACCCCACCGGUUUUACCAGUUCUGGAGCACUUGGAACGGGAUCCAAGUACUUUGUUAUUAAGUGACAGAGCGAGUAAACGUCCAGUGAACCCGAGAUUUGGAUUUGGUGGCGGUUUUAAUGUGAAGCCAUCUGGAAAUGGUUUGACAGCAAGCGUGAGCAGCAGUGCAAGUGGCGCUGGUUUGAGUCAGUCUGCAUCACAGUCGUUUUCAUUUGGCUUCAACGAGGGUUUUAGUGCGUCGCAGUCGGCUAGUCAAUCGUCGUCGUUUAAUGGCUUUGGAAGCGGCUUCAGCGGAAGCCAAGCCAGUAGCCAAGCAGCAUCUUUCAGCGGCGCAGGCGGGUCAGUGUCUGGUGCAGCAUCAUCUGCUUCCUCUCUUGGUGGAGGAUUCGGAAGCGCCAGUCAAAGCGCCUCUUCCGCUUUUGGAUUUAAUUCUAUAAACGCUUUUCAGUCUGAGCCUUUCUUUGGAGACAAUAUCCUGGACGCGAGACAUCGGGGAGCACCCAACUUUCCUUUCCCUAACUUCACCGGGAGAAGUAAAGUCGGGGCAGCAGCGUUCAAACCUUCACAACGAAGUAGAGAUGACUUUUUAGCAGUUUUAGUAUCUAAUUAG